AUGCAUACGCUUUUUGUGGUGACAGGGGCUAACCGCGGCUUUGGCCAAGCUAUUACAAAAGUUCUCGCAAAACAAUACCAGCCAACAUCCAACAAACUUUCUUUUGUACUCGUGGGUCGUCAAGAAGCACCAUUGCAACAAGUAGCCAAUGACAUUCAACAACUUGGUUCCAACAUUGCGACUCAUGUUAUUGCCAAUGCGUCCAUUGACUCGGCAGUCGCCACUCGAGAUACCAUUUUAGAGCCACUCCAAGCCGUUGUCAAGGAUAUGCAAGACCCACCAUUGACUUCAGCCACGUUGAUCAAUAAUGCAGGAUCCACAGGCGACUUGACCAAGCAAGUAUCCGAUUAUGAAGCUGAGGAAAUCCAGGCCUAUUUCAAUGUCAAUCUUGUUUCUUAUACCACUCUUGUAUCAGGAUUCCUGCGAUUAUUCCUUCCCACCAAGACUCCUAUCACAUUGGUCAACAUUUCAUCCUUGUUGGGCGUCCAGCCUUUUGCUAAUUGGGGUCUCUAUGCAACCGGCAAAUCGGCCAGAGAUAUGUUGUUGGGUGUCGUUGCCAAGGAACAUGAACCCACAUCUGUGCGCACAUUAUCCUAUGCCCCUGGUCCUCUUGACAAUGGUCUAAUGAAAGAGAUAUGCGAGACAUUGGGUGAUCCAGAACAACGAAAGUUUUAUAACGAGAUGGCAAAGGAGAACAAGUUGGUCAACAUGGAUGAAACAGCUCAAAAGUUGGCGGAUUUACUCUACACAAACAACUUUACAUCCGGAUCCCAUCUCGACUAUUAUGAUCUUUGA